AUGGAAUUAGUUAACUUUGAGCAAGUAAAACGUUCUAUUGAAGAAGGCACAAAACAUUGUCUUAAGAAACUUAAACAAGAUCCUUCAGACUAUGAGUGCCAUUCUGCACUUACAAUAAUACUUAAUGAGAAUUUAUCUGCACCUACAAAUUAUUCAGAAAAAGAACAAAAUGAAUUACUAAAUUGCUUAAAGUUUUCAAUUUUACCUUUAAACGAAGAAGAAGAAAAGAUCAAACUUUUAAAACAAAUUUCUUGGGAUGUGUUUACGUUGAUGAUGCCUUUUCUUUCAUUAUCUGAUUCAACCUCAAAUAUAGCACAAGAAAUUGUUCAAAGCAUCGCACAACACAACAAUGCACGAGAGACACAUAUGAUGAUUAUGGAAAGGUUUAGUUGGCUUGAAUGGAAGAGUCAACAUUGCUCUACAAUGGAAUUUAGCAACUUAAUUAAAGUCCUAAGAAUAGUUCUCAAUCGAUUGGAUAGAAAAAUUUUGAUUAAAUUUCUACCAGAAACGGUUCAAGCUGUUAUUCGCGUAUGGUCGGCGCUGGAUGAACUUGAUGAUGUGCAUAGAGAUAUUGUUACUGAUAGUUUAAUCCAAUUCGCUGAAAUCAUAGCAGAGCUGAUGGAAGUGGAAAAAAAGGAACUUAAACUUGAUCCUACACGAAAAGAUUUAGAUAAUCAAGAAUAUUAUUUAUCGAGUUAUUUGAUUAUCACUUCAUUUGAGAAAUUUAUUCGAUCAACUCAUAUUCCUAUGUCCCCCGCCUAUUAUGAGAUAUACCAUCCCAAAUUUCACAUUUUAUGGGAACGUAAGCAGAGUGCAGGUGUUCGAACUAUUGAUAAAGCAAGAUUAAUGAGAUUAAUUCAAGCUUCUAUAAAAGCUCAUAUCUCUAUAGAUCAACUUGUGAAUUAUAUUAAUAGUUUAAUUAAAGAGCCAACUGUAAAAGACAGCAUAUUUUCUACUAAAGAUUUCCCUAUUUCACCAAGCGGAGUUAUAAUAUAUGUGGCAAGCGUUAUAUAUUAUCAAUUUAUGCACCAAGAUGAUUCCAGCGUAGAAAAAGCUGUAAUUCCUUUGUCUCCUGGAUGGUUAUUCAAAAAUAUUGUUUCCAUUGCUUCAAAAUGUCUAUCAAGCGAUGCUAAAGAACUUGAAAUGGCGGAUAAGACUUUACUUGUGUUAUUAUAUUUGACUGAGAGAAAUGAAGAAAAUACUAUUUCUUCAGACCACCUUGAGGCUAAAUUGUCCAAUGAUGGGACGACCAUAACACACUUAUAUCAAUUUAUCAGUGUAUUUGCAUCAACUUCACCAGAUGAAACUUUACGUUUCAUUUCCUUUAAAUUACUUUCGCGUUUAAUAACGCUGUGUAAAGAUGAUGCUAGGAUUUUUUUAUUACGUGAAUUAUUAACAAAUUGUCCAUUUGAGACCAUGAAAAGUGCUGCGAUUGAGAUUGUAAAGGAAAAUGUUGCUCAAGGAUUAGAUAAAGCAUAUGAAAGUAAAUCUAAUGAUAAGUCUACCAUUUCUGUUUUUGCUAGCAGAUUUAUUAUUGAAACUUUCUUUCCACAUAUACUUCGAUUUGAAUCACCCUCAAUACUGGAAAACGAAAAAGAAUUUUCAGAAAAGUAUAGUUUUAUUAUGCAAGGAUUGAAUUUUUAUCUUUUUUUAUUAAUGAGAGAUAAAGAGAAUUUGACUGGAGUAUGGAAUAAUAAACAGAUAAUUGAAACAAAUAAAGAAUAUAUAGAACCAAUAAAAAAGCAAUGUGAUAUCUUGGCAAUAGAAUUCGGCAAAAAAUUAGAGAAAUUGAAUAAAAAUGUUCAAGAAACAUCUCAUACCGGGCAUAAUCAUAAUGAUAUUUUAUCAAAUUUUUCCGAAAAAGUACAACCAAAUACAGUAGAAUUUAAUCUUUUAUUAGACGAAACUAAUCUUAAUAAUAUACAAUUUACUCCAUCUCAAGAAUUAGCGGUAUAA